CAGGAAGUAAAAAUAGAGUAUUUGUGUGAUAUUAGAUUAGUUGUAAGCAGAUAUUCUUUGUGUUGUUUACAACCAGUAUUCAGUGUAUAAGCUCAUAAUGACUGACAGUUUAGUUAAUGAUUUAGUGAAAAGGAUAGGUGCUCUUGAAGAGAGAGGAAAGGCACAGGAUCUGCUAAUCAAAGAUCUUCAAGAUAAAGUUGACGAGUUACAGGGAGAAAAAGACAACAAAAAUCAAAGAGAUGUGACUUCUGAACAAAAUGAUGACAAAGAAACGGACACUUCUACAAUGAAAAGAGUGAAGCACAGCCAAAAUACAAGAAAUAACAAUCCAGAUACUAAUGUUACUGCUGAUUAUCCUGCAGAAUGCUUAGAAGCUGUAAGAGGAUGCGGUGGUGGCUGUAGUUCUGCAACCAGUGGCCCUGGUAGAGUAGCAUUUCAUGCUACAAUAGACAUAAAUACAGGGUAUCCGUAUGCAGUAUCUCAUCUAACAGUUGGCCAAGUGAUUGUUUUUGAUCAAGAAAAGGUUAAUAUUGGAAGAGGAUAUCAUAAAUCCACUGGACUUUUUAUUGCACCUUUGCCAGGUGUAUACAUGUUUUCAGCUUCUGUGAUGACAAAGGGAGAGAUACAUCUGAAUAUUGUUAAAAAUGAGGAACCAAUAGCCAGUUUAUAUGCUGCUAAACAACAGCAAGGGUCUGUUACUAUGGUGACCGAGCUACAAGCUGGGGAUGAAAUAUAUGUUAGAGUACAAAGACCAGAUGAUACAUAUAUCUGGGGUGACCGUCUUACAAGUUUUUCUGGAUGUUUGAUAGCCUAACACUCUCUGAUGUGUUAAAAUCCAAUAUUAAUAAGCUUAAAGUAGUGUCAGGACAGUUCCAAUUGAAUAAAUUAUGGUAAUUUUUUAAAACACAGUGACUGGUAGAUAUACUAAAUAAAUUUCAUCUUUAAAAAAGAUAAAGACUGGAUACAAUGAAAUAAGGACAUUUACGGUUUCAUUAACUUUGAAUUUGUCAGAUCAAUCUAAAAGGUCUAACCUGGUUUAUACAAGUCAUGCAUGUUUUAUAUAAUAAUGAUAAAUAAUUAUUUAUCUUAAUGUUACACGCUUAAUUUAUUCAUAUUACUCAUAGAUUUUGAUUUUUUUUUAACCUUUGCUACUUAUUUGGAGGCUUUUUAUUUAUAUUAAAUUAUUAUUACAAUGUACAUGUAAUUUAUAAGAGAUGAACAAUUCUUAAAACAAGUAAUUUUUUUUUAAUGACAUUGUUAUGAUCAUAUAGUGACUGUAAAUUCAUUUAAUACUGAUAAAAAGAAGUCUCUUUAACUAUUUAAGUUAAUAUUGCUCCUGUUUGUAAAAUAAUUCAGGUGGUUAGUAAUUAAGAAUUACCACUCAAACCUAAUUCAGCAACCUUAUAAAGCUGGUGUAAUACUCCGCUUUAAUAUAUAGUGAACAUGUAGUGAACUAUCAUACUAUGCAUAUCAUGCAUACAGUAUAAUUCAAAUACUUAUAAGUCUCCUGCUAUUAUAGGAAGUAAGUGCUGAAAGGUUAAUAAAAGUAUAAAACUACCAUCUAUUGUUAUUAUUAUUUAAAAGAUAGUCAAGUCAGAUAAGUUUCCUGUCGUGAUAGAAUAAAGCAUGUGUGACAGAACUUGAAUCUUCAGGUUUUAGAGACACUUUAAACAACUGAGACUAAAACACCAAUAAACAACAAAGUGUAUCCUAUAUUGUGCAUUGUAUUAAAGAAAUAACAUUUCAUUCUGAGACCUGAUACUGAUUUUGUAACUGUUUAUAUUAGUAUGAUCCUAGAUGAGAUAUCAAAUUCAUACAUCAAUGUACA